AGGAUGCUUGAAUCCGUUGCGUAUAUCAACUUCUGAGGAUGCCUAAGCAGUCCAACAUCAGCCUUCUGUUGUGUGGCCUACCGUCCUUCUACCAACAGCACAUUUUGAGCGCAAUCACUUCACCGCAACUUCACAUUCACGUUUGCGGGUUCUGGAGUACGAAAUGCAUUGCUACCCCCGAAUCCCUCCGGGACAUCCCACUUGUGACAAAACCGUUUGCGGACCUGUUGCAGGAUAAGAACACAGAUAUUAUUCUUUUGUGCGUCCCACCUCAAACUCAGUACGGUAUCCUCAAGUCUACCUUACCUAUGACUGAAACAUCGGUGGAUAGGCGCCACCAAUUCCCUGCUGUUAUUCUUCUCCCACCGGUCAGCCCAUGCUACAACACCACAGUUCUUUCAGAUUCGAGAAAUUUUAUCGGGGUGGCUAUGCCCUUCCGUUUACUCCCAUCAGUUCACUGUCUUCACACUCACUUGAAAUCGUCCAUUGACAGUCUUGCGCUCAACACUGCUCGAAAUCCAUCCAACCUUCCAUCCCAUUGGUCACUCGGUGCCGUUCGUAGCGUUCACGCACGUCUAGUGGCUACAAGACCCAUACAGUUCGGACGCUACUCAUGGAUGUGCGAGAGUGGUUCUAUGGGCGGCGGCUUGCUGAACAUCUAUGGAGCCAGUUUGAUUGAUACACUUUUUAUCAUUACCCUCGGACUUCGUAUUGUCUCUGUUACUUGUCUAGCACGAACGUUUGACACCGAUUUGUCCGCAGAUCCGAAGUCCAUUCGACGCGUUUCGGCUGAGGAUUAUGCUGUCGUUGUUAUGGAACUGGAGUCUAGCUCAUCAUCCGACUCGCGGGUUGGCAGUACACCUGUUGCCAUGUUGUGCCUCUCUGCAGAUCUUACUACAACUAUUGAUCCCCCGACUGUCCCAAGUCAUCCCGCUGAUUCUCUUGAGACAAAGACGGACAGUUUUGAGCUCCGAAUAGAACUUACGGGUUCAUCAGGUCGAUUUCUGUUGCCGGAGGGUGGAGAUCGGGUAUGCUGGACUCCCGUCCAAUCGAUUAGAUCCACUCAAUCUAUAUCGGCCUCAGCCGAACAUCAUAAUAGCUUACUUGUGAAUGAUGGUGAUUGUCAUCAUUUGCCCCCCUUAGCAGAGGUUACUGAAGAGGGUCAGCUUGACGAAAUGAUAUUCCAUAGUGUUGGCGUCAACAAGAAACCUGAAACCUCCUCCCGCUGCAGUGAAGAAACCUUUUUCUUGCCACCGAAGUGUCAAAAGGGUGGCCAGUUUGAGGAUGGAGAUUCGGAUUAUUCGCCCUCCACUACCGCCAGCGAACUUAAAUCACCGUCGUCCGAGUUAUUUUCACCGAUUGGCCAAGCCUGGAACCACUGGUUUGCUCAACUUUGUACGGCAGUCACCGCUAGCCCUCCGCACCAAGCGAUGAAUUCACUCAUGGCUACACCUGACCACUGGGGCUACAUUCAGCGCGUAUUGAUGGCAAUCGAUAAGGCGGCACGGUUGCGGUGUUGGGUUGAUCCCUCCACUACCGCCAGCGAACUUAAAUCACCGUCGUCCGAGUUAUUUUCACCGAUUGGCCAAGCCUGGAACCACUGGUUUGCUCAACUUUGUACGGCAGUCACCGCUAGCCCUCCGCACCAAGCGAUGAAUUCACUCAUGGCUACACCUGACCACUGGGGCUACAUUCAGCGCGUAUUGAUGGCAAUCGAUAAGGCGGCACGGUUGCGGUGUUGGGUUGAUGUGGGAACAGGAGAAAGGCUGUGAUUUGGGCCCUGCUCAACCGCAUCCUCAGGCGCAUCUCAAUCGCGCCGUCCAACCCAUUAUACCGUUUGUUGAUUUUAUCCAGAGACAAUCCGUUAUGUGCUCAAGAACUAGCUUUUAUAUCCAACGUUUCCGCAGAUUAAUUUGCUUUGGAUACCUUGUGGCGCUUUCGCUCUUUAUAAUUGUUUGUUUUACUAGGUGAAUUAAUU